AUAGCCUACGAUACAUCACCAACACUUGAGAGACGAACUCUUCAGUACCUGCACUUCAGUUACGCGCACCUCCUCGUCCUCCCCCCAUCCAACGUGGCUGCCUGCCAAGGCCUCGUUCACGCCUUCGAUUCUCAGGACCUCGUUGACGUCUACAUCCCAGACGGUCCUGACGCCCUUAUCCUCACCUGCGAGCAGCAGCCGUGCCCAAAUCGGACACCUCGAUCAAUCAACCAGGACUAUUCGCGCUACAAAGCAAUCCGAAGGGCGCAACAUCCGCUCGGUCCUCAAAGCACCCUCGCAUCUCGAUCCGCCUCACGGCAUUCUCGCCCUGUCUCUCCCAGCUCCCGUCUUCCCCGACCGGUCACCGGUCCAAGUCAAGCGCGAGGAGAUAUCCCUCCAGACCCUGCGCCAGAGCAAGAGCCUGAGGAGAGUGCGAGUGAAGAAGGAGUCUCGGAGCCCGAGCCCACGGAUCCUGCUCAGCCCGCCUCGCCGACAGCGCUCGCCCCUGCGUCAGCAGUCCCUGACCGGAGGGCCACCACAGCCGCCUCCGCCCCCGCGCCAUCCUCCGUCCCCCCCGGCGCCGAUAAUGUCGUCUCCCUCGACCGCCCCCGACAAGGAGACCCUGAAGCUUCUCCUUCCCCUCUGGUAUGA